AUGCACUUCACGGCCUCUCUCGCUGCCGCCGUUGGCUUUACAGCCAUUGACCAUGUCCUGGCCAAGCCGUUCCCUGCUCCCGCCGAUAACCUCAGGCCCAUCACGCAGAUCGAGCUCGGCCCGCGGCCCUACUACCUCGUCGACAACAUGGACGACGGCCCCCUCAAGAGCAAGCUGGAAUCCUGCCAAAACAUGAAAAUGAGGCCCUCGUCCUUCUCCAUCGCUCACCGCGGCGGUGGCCCCCUCCAGUUCCCCGAGCACUCCAAAGAGUCCAACCUCGCCGGAGCCAGAAUGGGCGCCGGCAUCCUCGAAUGCGACGUCGCAUUCACCAAAGACCUCGAGCUCGUGUGCCGCCACAGCCAAUGCGACCUGCACACCACCACCAACAUCGUCAACAUCCCAGAAUUAAACGCAAAGUGCUCCACGCCCUUUCAAGCAGCAGCAAAUGGCAAACCAGCGAAUGCGAAAUGCUGCACCAGCGACAUCACCCUCGCCGAGUUCAAGUCCCUGUGCGGCAAGAUGGACGGCUUCAAUGCCAGCGCCACUACCCCUGAAGACUACCUCCACGGCACCCUCAGCUGGAGAACUGAUCUUUACAGCACCUGCGGCACUACGCUCUCGCUAAAAGAGCAUAUCGCCAUGACCAAGGCUCUGGGCCUGCAGUUCACACCAGAGCUCAAGACGCCGCAGGUGACCAUGCCGUUCCAUGGCAACUACACACAGCAAGACUACGCCCAGCAAUUCAUCGACACCUUCAAAAAAGCCGGCAUCCCACCAUCCCGCGUCUGGCCUCAGAGCUUCCUCUACGACGAUCUGCUCUACUGGCUGAAAGCAGAGCCCCAAUUCGCCAAACAAGCAAUGUAUCUCGACGAAAACGCCGACGUCGCCGGCAUCCAGGCAGCCACCCACAACCUCACGCGCUACAAGGCCGACGGCAUCAAAAUCGUCGCUCCUCCGCUGUCCUAUCUCGUAAGCAGCCAGGACGGCAAGAUUGUCCCCAGCGAAUAUGCCAAGAGGGCGAACACGCUGGGCCUCAAGAUCAUCACUUGGAGCUUGGAGCGUUCGGGCCCCAUUGCCGGCGUGCACGCCAAUGGCGAUUACUACUACUCUUCCAUUCAGGACGUCGUGAAGAAGGAUGGCGAUAUAUACAACUUGGUUGAUGUGCUGGCGCGACAGGUUGGUGUCUUGGGCAUGUUUUCUGAUUGGAGCGCCACGGUGACUUAUUACGCCAAUUGCUUUGGCCUUGGAGUAUAG